GUGAUAUGUGUGCGCGCCAGUGGAUCACUUCCAGCGCGCGCGGUCCAGUCUGCGUGAGCGGAGAUCCAAUCACGCGCGCGGAAGGCCCCGGGGUAAUUCACUGUUUUGCUGACUCAGCUAAAGAAGGAUGCAGCGCAGUCGACGGGAGAAAGUGCCACAGGUUCUCAAGACCAAUUCAGGGCGAUUCUUGGACGCUUUCUGACUUGGAGGUAGGAAUUUUCCAUCUAGACCCUUUAUUGAAUGACGUCAUGAUAUUUAUCCCAGCAGUCUCCCCAGACCCCGCCCUCUCAGCACUCUGGGAACGACCCUAUGCCGCAGCUGAAGAAAAGUGAGUCUUCAGAAUACUUCAGCAGCAUGGGAGAGGGGGAGGAGGAGGUGGGAGGUGAGGAAGUGGAGGUGGGAGCAGAGGAAAUGGGGGACGAGAAAGCUCUCACAAAGAGGGAUAUCCACACUCUCAAUGAACAGCGACGUCGUGACAUCAUCAAGCACGGAUAUGCCAAACUUGCUGAUCUGGUCCCAACUUGUAAACCUGGAGCUUCAGGAGUUAAACUGAGUAGAGCUGUUUUGCUCCAGAAAGCCCUGGACUACAUACAGUUCCUACAGAGCCAGUCACGAAGACACGAAGACCAGCUGCUGAAACUGAGAAGAGAAGUGGAGGCCCUUCGCAUCAUGAAGGAGAACUAUGAGCAGAUAGCCAGGACCCACUGCAGUAUGGCAUCUUCCGAUGCCCCACAAGUGCCUGACCACAUCAAGUUCAUGGUGUUCCAGGGAGUGGCUGACCAGUUGUUUCAGUCGUUCAACUCCUCAAUCAGUGUGACAAGUUUCGACACCCUCUCAUCCUGCAUCAUCAGCUGGUUGGAGGAGUACUGCAAGCCGCAGACACUUCGCGAGCUGGUCAUCACCAACCUAAAGAGAACUAAUUCACGUCCACUGCCACCAUAGAUGCCCAGUAUAGUAUAUAGAGUUUGACAUUGUACUGCAUCCAUAGAUGUCUGCCAAACGUUUUAUUCUCGGCGCGCAUGCGCAGCGAGGGUACUGUAGUUGGGUUUGUCUGUCUGUCUGUGUGUCUGUUACUCUCAAUCUCACUUCUCGGGUGUCUGUU